AUGGCUUCGUCAUCAACAUCAGAUUCUACUACAGUUCCUGAGACUACAAAUUUGCAGAGAAAAUCAAAUGAUGUUGGCUGGGAGUUUGGAAUGUUGGUAAAUCCCAAAAAUUUGGACAAAAUGAAAUGCAAAUUAUGUGGAAAGGAGUUUUCUGGAGGAAUACAUAGACUGAAGCAACAUGUUGCUAGAAUACAAGGGAAUGUUGCACCUUGCCCAAAAUCUAAAAAAGAAGACCAGGAAAAGUGCAAGUUAGCAAUUCUAGAAGCAAAAAAUAAGAAGAAAAGAGUUCGAAUGGCAGAUCUGGAAACUAGAAAGACGGUAAAUAUUGAUGAAAACCAAGAGGGGGAUGAAGAAGUUAUUGAGGUAGAAGGGAUGGGAGCAAACAAAAGUGCUCGCAUGCUUGGUCCUAUAGAUAGAUUUACUUCAAGCAUCAAUCCUGAAACUCCUAAAGGUCCAAUAUUGACACAACAACAACAGCAUAUCAAGAAUGUUAUUGCAAAGGAUAGAUUACAUGUGGUGCAUCAAUAUGUUGCUAGAUGGGUGUAUUCUCAUGGCAUUCCUUUUAAUGCUAUUGCAAAUGAUGAUUUUAAGAGAAUGCUUGAGGCUGCUGGACAAUUUGGACCAGGUGUUACUCCACCUAGUCAAUAUCAGUUGAGGGAGCCUUUGUUAAAGGAAGAGGUUGAUCGAGUGAAAGGUUUGAUGAAAGAACAAGAAGAUGAGUGGAAAGUGAACGGCUGUUCCAUUAUGACAGAUUCUUGGUCAGACAGAAAAAGAAGAUCAAUCAUGAAUUUGUGUAUCAACUGCAAAGAAGGUGCCAUGUUUCUCUCCUCUAAAGAUUGCUCUGAUGAUUCCCAUACAGGUGAAUAUAUAUUUGCGUAUGUCAAUGAGUGCAUCGAAAAAUUAGGUGGAGAUCAUGUAGUUCAAGUAGUAACAGACAAUGCCACUAACAACAUGGCUGCUGCAAAGUUGUUAAAAGAGGUGAGACCCACCAUAUUUUGGACCUCUUGUGCAACGCAUACAAUUAAUCUCAUGGUGGAAGGCAUUUCUAAACUUCCUGUGUUUGAAGAAACAAUUAAAAUGGCGAAGGCAUUUACCAUUUUUAUAUACGCUCAUCACCAGACCUUGUCCAUGAUGAGAAAAUUUACUAAGAGAAAAGACAUUGUUAGGCCUGGAGUAACUAGAUUUGCAUCUGCAUUUCUUACUUUGCAAAGUUUGGUAGAGAAGGAAGAAAGUUUAAAGAUGAUGUUUGAAGGAAACAAAGAAACAAUCCAACAAUACCAGAGUUUCAGAAUUGAACUAGACGUGAUCCUAGGUCCUAGAUAUUGA